UGCUAUAUUUCAAAAUGCUAAGCGUGGCGGUUAGUAAAAUUCUCUCUUGGAAGUUUUUCGGAGUCGAAUUAUUCAUUGACGUUGUUAUAAGUUACUUUUUGUCAUUAUUUUGGAGUUUGGCCGUCGUGCAUCUAAGUACAUAUAAAAGCGCUCUCCAUCUCCGGGUUUUACAGUUGCUCUACUCUACACUUCAACGAUCGACAACAUCUCUUCAAGGAUGGCAGUAUCGCUCGAUCCGGAGUCAAUUCAGGUGCCCGCUGCAGGAGGUGAAAUCACGCUACAGCUGAAGAACAGCAGCGCUGAAGGUCGCUAUGCCUUCAAGGUCAAGUGCACCGACAACGAUCAUUACCGUGUCAACCCCGUAUUCGGUUUUGUCGACGCAUCCGGUAAUGCUGCGGUUCUUGUGCGUCGAACGGAAGGCCCUCCGAAAGCUGAUGGUCGUCUGGAAGUUCACUUCAUUCCUGCUCCAGCAGAUGCUACUGAAGCAAAGGCGCUGUUUCCUCCUGGAAGUUCGUCGGAGUUCAAACUGAACGUGCCGUUGAUCGCGGAAUAA